UUAGGAACGCAGCAUCUAUCGACGGAUCGUUAGAUUUAAAAACGCCAUUCAAAAUGAUCAAAAAUAUUGCAGCCACACUUCAGCAUUCUGGGGACCUACACCAGUUCUCUACUAUUGCAAAUGUUCAAUUAACACCAACAAAAGUAAUAGCAGCAAAGAUAGACUUAUUCAAUCACCGUCUACGACGAAUCAAUGCCAACUUUGAACUGACAACACCAUUUGAGGGCUUGGAAUUGACAAAGGUAACAUACAGACACACUUUGUCUUCUAAUGACGUUAAGUGUUUCAGUGAUAUCACCUACGGAAAUGAUAAAGUAAUCGCUUCGUUGAAAGCAUCUAAAAGUCCAAUGUCUUUUGAUGUCACUCUUCAGACUCCUUUCACUGACUUUGAGGAAGUAGGAGCUAAAGCUAAGUAUGCCAGACAAGGUCUCAGCCAUAAUUUCAACGUUAACGUGAAAUAUUGCACUGGAAAGGAAAUAGCUUUCAAGACAUCAGUCGAUCUCGCAGCUAAUCCCAUCACACUGACCGCUGACCUCACUACACCUUUCGCCGGGUAUGAACUGACUGAGUUGCGGUACACACACAGUGGAAGUUUACCCGACUUCAGGUGUACGGCUGAUUUUUCAUCUUCCUAUUCCCCUCCAAUCAACGGGGAGUUGGCAUUAAGAUUAGUCUCUAUCAGUGAUAUGCAGGUGCUCGUCACAUUUACCAGUCCUUUCUUCGACAACGCUGAAACCCUGAGAUUCGUUCUUCGUAAUCAAAAGAACACACAUGAGUACCAGUCACACGCUGAAGUUGCAUGGACGCAAACCGACGUAAUCGUAGUUGAUGGAACAUUUGCAAAUAGUGAAACGUGGAAUGGCAACACAGGCAAUGUUGGACUUACUGUGAGUACGCCAUUUUCCUCUUUACGUUCAGCGGCCCUAGCAGUUCAUCAUGAUUUGGUGUCAUCAAAGUACACAGAAUCCAUCAGCGCUGAGUGGAAUGGUGAGAAAAUGAUUGAUAUGGACGUUGUGUUUGGAAAAGACACAGCGUAUGUAGCAGCAUUAAUGAUGCGUGCACCAACACCAGUCUCGUUUUCAUCCAGUGGGGAAAUGACCGAUGCUGUUAUCAGAGGUAACAUUGACAUCAACUGGAACACAAUGAGCCAGGACAGCAAGAUCCGAGUAGAAGCUGCUUUCAACGAUAAAAGCGAUAGCUUCACAAAGAGGAAGGAAGUGUCAAUGACUGUUACACAACCUAAAAAUUCAAUUUCUGUCACUGGUACUCUGAGCAAGUCAUCUGUUGCGUUCAGCUCCAGCGGGAACGUCAUUGUUAAUGGUGUUACCAAAUUUGGAAUUGACUAUGAUACUUCUGCAAAAAAUAGACGUAAGAACAAAGAACAAAGCAACACAUUGGCUAUCAGGAUUCCUUCGAGAACUCUCAAAGCAACAGGUCACUUCAGUGAAAGCUAUGGUACAAAGACUACUGAGGCUGCCAUUUUCUGGGAUGCAGGAAGAGACGAAACAAAGAAAGUUGGAGUGAGAGGCACUUUUAUUCCUAAAGGACGAUCAACAAAAGCUGACUUUUCUGUAAGCUUCCCGAGUCUUGGAAAGGAUGUCAAACUGGACUCCGAGGUAACAUUGAACAGCGGAAACGUUAUGUUUGAUGGAAAGACCGAAUUCAGCUACUCUAGUGAUAUUAGCAAGACUCUUGUGAUCCACUCACGAGUGGAAGAUCUGUCAUCUGGAUUCAGAAAGAACUACAGUUUUAUCGUCGGAGUAGCUCAUCCUGCGACAACAGUUGACGUCCAACUUGCGUCUCAUAUUAGCCAUGCAGACAACAAAUACUCUGCCGAUAUUGGUUUGCAGUAUCUAACAGCUGCUCGUAACAUGAAGAACUUCGCCCUGAUGGGAGAAAUUGACAAAAUGAGAAAACAGAUGAAAGUCCAGAUGGUUUCUCCACUUAAAUCUGUAAAGGUUUCGGGUCAUGUCAGCACCAGUGUUCCUUACCGACUCUCUAUCCACAAUCUGUAUGAUGAAAGGCCAGUGGACGCAGAGUUUACUAUUGAUCCUAGUAAACUUUCCAUGAGAUUCCAUAUGAAUUACGACAUUGACAACCAAGGCAAGGUUCUCCAUGGUGAGGCUAAGUAUGUGAAUAACAGCGCAAUCAGGGCUGAACUCUACCGAGAGGAAAAUACUCAAAGAAUCACUGACAGCUUGUUUGCUAUGCGACUUAACACUUCCAGAAUGCUUCACACAAGAUUACACUGGCGUCCAAGUAUUGUUCAAGAUCUUAAGACAUAUGGACUCCGACAAAUGGCCCGUAACAGUAGAGACCUUUUGGAGCUCUAUAAUGAAAUGUCGUCGGGAAUCAACCAAGAGCUCAAUUCCAAGUACAACAAUAUCAGGUCAGCCUUCCUGACAGAACUCGCACCAUUUGUUCAGUCCACUGCCACCAAUAUUAGAGGCAUCCAAGAAGACUUGGCUUCUCUGAGUGAAACAUAUGACUGCGCAGAACUUGAUCGCCGUAUUCAGGAUUGCUCACAAUAUCUCACGGAAAUCCUCUUGAAAAUGCAAACCUUUGCUCGUUGGAUGGAAACUGCAGCCUCUACUCGUGUGUCUUACCCACUGAAGGAUACUGUGGACAUGUACAUCGUUGGCGGAAGUGAAAUGCUACAGGCGAUCGGACAAGAAUCAAUGAAGAACUACGCUGCCAUGAUGAAUAUGUUAGAUGAGAAAUUUCGAGAACAUUCGACAACAGCUCUGCUGACAUUCAAAACCUACCACGACCAUUUGACCAAUGUCAUUGCCCAGCCUAUGAACACAGACACUGUGCGUCUGGCUAAAGCCAAGUACAAUGAGUAUCUCGCCAAGCUUACCAACCAAUUACCAUCUAUCAACAACAUGGCUCAGCGAUACACGUCAUCUAUUUAUAACACCAGGGAAAACAUCAACUCUGCCCUUAAUGGACUGCUGGACAGACCGGAAGCUAACUACGUGAAAUCACAGGCUGUUGCUGCUUACAAAUACUGGGAGGUUGAGGAGAAUACCAAGGCCGCCAUUAAAAGCGUUUACGAUCACAUCGUGGAAAUAAUCGAGGAAGAAAUCGAAACACUGAAGUCCAUCAUCACUGAUCUUGAGAAAACCAAGAUAACAGUGUUCGACCCUGUUCAUGGAGAAGUCCAAACUGACACUUACCUGAUUGUUCCAAUGAAAUCUCUGAAGUCUCUUCCCGGCAUCGACGUCAUCCAACGCCUCAACGCAAUUCGGUCGUACAUUCCAGACACCAGUGAAUGGGGAUCCAUCUCUGAUUAUGUGCCAUCCUCUGAUGUCAGCACCUGGAUGCCACCUUUCGAUGCGUUUGCAUCCGUGGAGGGAAAUACAUUUACUACAUUUGACGGAAAGACAUACCAGUUCAGCGGCCGAUGCAGCUACGUACUGGCUGGUGAUUAUAUGGAUGGUAACUUCUCUGUGAUUCUCGACUAUAUGGGCAAACAGAAAAGAAGGGUGAUCAUCACCACAUCCCAACACACUGUACAGCUCCUGCCAAAGAACAAAUUAAGAGUGGAUGGGGUCAUUGUUGAAAUGCCAUACCAUACCCAAGACAUGUCCAUCAUCAAUGAGGGUGAUGACGUCACAGUGAGUGGGCGUGGCUUCACCGUUCUCCAUAACUUGCCCCGUGAUAAGUACGAGAUUGGACUGAGUGGUUGGUACUACGGAAAGACUGGUGGUUUACUGGGAACUUACGACAAUGAACGUCAUAACGACAUGAUGAUGUCAUCACGGCAACUUGCAAGUGACGUCAGCUCAUUUGCAGACACCUGGGAGGUCAAGGAUAAAUGUCGCUAAUAUGCUGAUAUGUUGAUGGACGUUCUUUAUCUGUACGAUGAUGAAAAUCUUAUUUGAUUUGAAAAUUUAGACCCUUUGCCAAAACAUUUAAAUGUUUAACUGGAAUAAAAAUGA